UUGAAAACCAUAGUGGAGUGUGGCGGAAGGACACACAGUCUGCUUGCAGCAGUAUCUGACACGGGCGGAGCGCUCCCUCCGAGUGUGUGUACUGUAGAGCGGCGCUGCUGCUCAGUGUCAGCGGCUGCUGCUGCCUCGGGCUGUCAGGGGAACACGGCGGCGGAGGCUGGAGCCCGGCAGAGAGUUCACCUGAGCGGCUCGGAGUCCUGUCUCUACCAGGGGAGGGGGCGCAGGGGCAGCAUGCGUGGCGGCCGGUAGGGAAGCUCCUGCUGGAUCCACUUGCCUCUUCUUCCCGGGGCUGGAGGCCAUGGCGCUGGGAGCACGGCCGGAGCUGGUCGGGAAGCGCUUCGUCUGUGUGGUCCGUGGAGGAGAGGAGCCGCCGGAGCUCGGGGAGAUCGGGCAGAUCGGCCGCUGGGGCUGGAGAGCCGGGGUGAUACGUGCGGUGUCUCACCGGGACAACAGCAACCCGGAGCUGGCGGUAUACGUGGAAUUUGAUGACCUAGAGUGGGAUAAACGAGAAUGGGUGAAAGUAUAUGAAGAUUUUACAGCCUUUUUUGUGGAGUUCCAGCUGGUCUGGGCAAAGAGGAAAGACCCCAGCCAGGCUCAGGGAUCAAAGGUCAAGCAAGUCCAGUGGCCUGCCUUGGCUUUCAAGCCCCUGGUUGGAGAAGGUGCAUACAACUCAAUUACUGCAAUAGAAUUUUUAGUGGAGAGACAUCUGGAAUUUGCAACUGAAGAUAGUGCCUUUCAGCCCUAUCAGGAUGAAGUAGACAGUCUAAAUCCAGUUCUCAGGGACAACCCCCAGCUUCAUGAGGACGUGAAAGCCUGGGUUAAAGAACACAAGGUUCAGGAGAUUUUUAUGCAAGGUCCGUAUUCCUUAAACGGCUACCGAGUGAGGGUCUACAGACAAGACUCUGCCACCCAGUGGUUCACUGGUAUAAUUACUCACCAUGACCUUUUCACCCGCACUAUGAUUGUUAUGAAUGAUCAGGUUCUAGAGCCACAGAAUGUUGACCCUUCUAUGGUUCAGAUGACCUUUCUAGAUGACGUUGUAUACUCUUUGUUGAAAGGUGAAAAUAUUGGCAUCACAUCUCGCCGCAGGUCGCGCUCCAACCAAAAUAGCAACACAAUUCAUGGUCAUUAUACACGUGCGCAAGCAAAUAGUCCAAGACCAGCGAUGAACUCUCAGAGCUCCACAAAACAGAGUCAGCACCGAAAUGCCCGCUUAAACAAGAGGAAAGGGUCGGACAGCAGCAUGCCCGAUGAAGAUAGGAUUAAAGAAGAAAGAUAUGAUGGUACUGGUAGGGGAGAAAAUGUAAAAAGGAACAAACAUUUUCACAGCAAGAGGAGGAAACCCGAGGACGAUGAAAAGAAAUUAAUUCUGAAAAGGCUGCGGACAGACAAUAUUUCAGACUUCUCCGAGAGCAGCGACUCAGAAAAUUCAAAUAAAAGGAUAAUAGAUUCUUCCUCCGAGCAAAAUUCCGAGAACGAGUUGAAAAGCAAGAACACUUCAAAGAUAAAUGGAGACGAAGGAAAAUCCCAAAGUAGCGAAGGGGCUGAGGAACAGACACUAAUAGAUAGGCAUUCUCACUGGGAUGAAAUACAGGAAGAUAAAAAGCAGCAAGACGCAGAAAGACACAAGUCAGCUGACUUAAAGCUACAGAAAGAAAACUCUCAGUUUCUCCUAUCCGAACAGACAGCACUUUAUGAGCAGAAUUCCAAUAAACCGCAUGUUCAAGAUAGCGUGGUUGAGAGGAACAAUAUUACUGACUUAUUACAGACUGAGCCACUUAUCAGCAAGCCCCCCACACCCAAAAACUCUAUUGUCUUAGCUCACGAAAACAGUUUGGACAAACCACCCCAGGAAAGCAGUUCAAAUCAUUUUAACGCACAGCCCGCUGCCAAGAAGGAGUUACUACAAGGCAGCGACCCAAAGCAGUCAUUUGUCAGUGUCCAUUUUUCCAGCGUAAAGAAGCUGGAUCCUGAACAUGACUGGAAUGACAAUGUGAACAGUAAGGGGGACAUGGCACUUUCAGGGGUAUUAAAGGCACCCCAGUCUACUAAUAAGGAGAUGAAUGACCGAGAGAAAAUCUACCAUACCUCCGUCAUCGGCAGCACAUCCUUAACAGAUGAACAGAAGAGGCUUCAAAAACAAACGCUGGAUGCUCUUAAGACAAAACCAUACCCAUUGGAAACCUCCAGUAAAAUAAAAUUCAGUUCAUCUCCGGAUGUAUUAAAGUCUCGGCCGGUCCAUUCGCCGGAUUCGUUGAAACUCAAGAUGAACUAUCACAAUAGUCAGAGUUCUGUAAUGAUGAGGGCGGUGAGUAAAAUGGAUUGUGAUAUGCACAGAUCCAGCUUCCACCCAGUGGCAGCCAGAGUGAGUGCGAUUGAGUCUACAAAAAGUCCGCUUAUUAUAGACAAAAAUGAACAUUUUACAGUUUACAGGGACCCAGCACUUGUUGGACCAGAGACAGCAGCUAGUCACAUUUCUCCUUAUUUGCACCAGCACAAUUUUGCUCUUCAUUCUCCGGCUCAUCGAGCAUGUUUACCUCCAAACAGCCACCACCCCGCACUAACCGCUAACCCUCAUAUGUUAACGUCGUCCUCAAACCAAACGCCUAUGACUGCUAUCAGUGCCCAUCAGCUGGGCAGCACAUCCCACCAUUCAGUCCACCAUCCUCACUUACUACCUACGGUGCUACCUGGCAUGCCCCCUGGCACUUUGUUAGGAGGCCACCCUCAGCUAGAGACUGCACAUGCCAGCAGCCUUAGCCAUUUGGCACUUGCACAUCAGCAGCAAAUGUUACAGCACCAGCCACCUCAUCUUUUGGGCCAAGCUCACCCUCCAGCCUCAUAUAACCAACUAGGACUUUAUCCAAUUAUCUGGCAGUAUCCAAAUGGAAGCCAUGCUUACUCCGGCCUUGGCCUGCCCUCCUCAAAAUGGGUGCAUCCGGAGAAUCAUGUCAAUGCGGAGUCUUCCAUUAGAAGGAACACUGCCAGUCCUUGGUUGCACCAGCCCACACCUGUGACUUCAGCAGACGGUCUACUAAUGGGUCACCUCCCUGUACGUCCAUCCAGCGCUGACCCCCAUAGGCCACUCAAGCUGGCUACACAUCCAAGUCCACCCUUAUCUAAGCCUUCUGCAGAUCACCAUAAAGAAGAUCUAGAGAAGAAGACUUUCAGCGACCCAAUGCGCUCAGUUAGUUCAGCAACAGCAAAGUCUGACCAUGAACACAGCCGGAUGCACUCGGGGAAAGACAGCCAUAUACACAGACAUUAUAUGGAGCCUGUAUUGAGCCACACCAAGUUGCAACGCUCUGUGACGGAGACUGUAGAGAGGCAGAACAAAUAUAAGGAAGAACAUAAGCGAAUCCUUCAAGAAAGUAUUGAUGCAACCUCCUUUUCCAUGAAAAUGAAAGCACAUGAAAAUGAUCGCGAGAGCUACACUAGGGUGACACCCAUUGUGUCUUGCAACCCCAAAAGCCACUUGGUUAAACAGGAAAAUAAUGUAGAGCGCCCUAUUUCAGAUUUGUACAAAAUAAAAAAUUCAGUUGCACAAAGUUUGCCUCAAAGUAACUAUUUCACCACAUUAUCCAAUAGUGUGGUGAAUGAACCUCCGAGGUCAUUCGCGUCUAAGGAAGCCGUAAAUGUGUACUCUGAAAAGCAAAAUGUCAGCUCUUCUUCAACAAAUUCUUCUAUGAAUUCAUAUAUGUCAUCCCUGUCUAAGCCACCGCCCUUGAUUAAACACCAACCUGAAGACGGAUCAGUGAAUAAAUUAAGUGAGCAGAUUCCUCAACAGGUGGCAACUCACACAAUUACCUCCUAUAGGGGAGAUAGCAGAAGUCCGACUCAGUUGUCCAUCUCCUCCUCGAACGCACUCCGUAGCAUGCCUGCCCUUCAUAGGGCGCCAGUUUUCCAUCCUCCGAUUCACCACAGUCUUGAUAGGAAAGAUGUUAGCUAUAGCAACCUUUCUCCACCAACCCUCACUCCAGUGCAGCCUGUAAACACUGGAGGAAAAAUCCCAGAACUUCAGAAACCCCCGACUUUAGUCCCCGAGCCCAAGGAAGGUGCUGCAACUUACAAGAAGAGUGCUGAAAAAUCCGUCCAGGAAGUGUGGAAAACCAUUGAGAAGCAAAACCACAGUAAAAUCCAGUGGAUGCCAGAGAAAAAUCAUGUCAAGGUACCGUCGGCAACUGCGUCUGUCAUUGUACGCCCACAAUCUAGUGCAAAGUAUGAUAACAUGCCAGUAACUCAGACAGUCUUGAAGGAACGAACUGGCGAGAGAUCCUCAGCUGGAAUCAAUCAAUCGGAUAGCUCAAAGCCCCUGGAAGCCAGAGAGACUGUGAGGAAUGCUCAAUCAAUUACGAAUUCAGACAGCACUCAUAUGCUCUUUGAGAAGAACUCUCAAGCUCCCUCACAGAGCAUUACCAGCUCAUCCACACCUGGAACUAAUAUAAUGUGCAGUACGAAAACUGAUGUGACCACCUCUGCCCCCACCACAACAAGCGUUUCAAGUUCCUGCGGAUCAGAGGUAACUUACUCUUUAUCCAAUGCUGUUUUGACUUGUACAGUGAUAGAGCGCACCACCUCUGUCUCUGGAAAUCAGGUUGUGGGACACGCUCAAGAGAGUUCAGUUAAUGCCACAACAUCAGCCCCUCCGGCCAGCUGCAAGACUGCAAGUGCAAUUCAACCCAACGCUUCAUAUCCCCCUUCAAGUGACUUUAUCCAUUUAAAAAAGCACAAGGCAGCGUUGGCUGCAGCUCAGUUGAAAAGCAGUAAUGCCAGUGAUACAGAGACCAUUGCUGUGAAAAAUCAGACCUUUCCAGCCUCAGGCUCUCCAGAUAACAGCACACCCUGCAGCUCAACAAACACAACAAGCUCUGCAGGCAAUGGGCAGACUUCCCAAUGCAGCCAGCCAAAUUAUCACACAAAACUGAAAAAGGCCUGGCUCACCAGACAUUCAGAAGAGGAUAAAAACACUAACACUAAGCCAGAGAGCGCAGGCAGCACUAUGGUCUCUGAAAUAAUUAAGCCUUGCACUGUCAAUCUGAUUGCUUCAACCUCCAGCGAGCUCCAGAAUAACCUCGACCUUCGAGCGCAGGAUGACAAGUCUCCCAAGGAGGAUAGGCUUACGAGGAGGAGGGUUAAAAGGACUUACGAAUCUGGCUCAGAAAGCGACGACUCGGAUGAAAGCGAGAGCAAGUCUGGACAAAGGCUGAAACGUCAGCCCAAGCCAACAUACAAAAAGAAGCAAAAUGAUAUGCAGAGGCGAAAAGGUGACACAGACAAAGAGGAGGAAAUAAAACCCAAUGGUAUUCUGAGCCGUAGUGCCAAGGAGAAAAGCAAAUUGAAGUUACAGAGCAAUAGUUCCAGCACUGGCAUACCUCGUUCAGUAUUAAAAGACUGGCGGAAAGUGAAGAAACUCAAGCAGACCGGGGAAUCCUUUCUGCAGGAUGACUCUUGCUGUGAGAUUGGGCCAAAUCUACAGAAAUGCAGGGAAUGCCGACUGAUCCGUACCAAAAAAGGCGACGAGUCCACCCACUCUCCUGUAUUCUGCAGAUUUUAUUACUUCCGAAGGUUAUCUUUCAGUAAAAAUGGGGUUGUUAGAAUAGAUGGAUUCUCUACCCCUGACCAGUAUGACGAUGAAGCGCUGAGUUUAUGGACGCACGAGAACUAUGAAGAUGAUGAGUUGGAUCUACACUCUAUUAAGUAUAUCUUGGGUUACAUUGGUGAUAAAUUCUGUCAGUUGGUGACGUCCGAAAAAGCUGCCAUGUCCUGGGUGAAGAAGGAUGCAAAAAUAGCCUGGAAGAGAGCGGUGCGAGGUGUUCGCGAGAUGUGCGAUGCCUGUGAGGCCACCUUGUUUAACAUUCACUGGGUCUGCCAGAAAUGUGGAUUUGUGGUCUGUCUGGAUUGUUACAAGGCGAAGGAAAGGAAAAGUUCUCGAGAUAGAGAGUUAUACACUUGGCUGAAAUGUGUAAAGGGACAACCUCAUGAUUACAAGCACCUUAUGCCCACACAGAUUAUUCCAAGUUCGGUUCUGACUGACCUCCUAGAAGCAAUGCACAACCUCCGAGAUAAAUUUGUAAUUAAAUCAAACUGCCAGUGUACCAUUAAACAGAACUCACAAAGCAGCAAGUUCCCGGCAAUGAAUGGAGUGUCGCAGGUGUUGCAAAACGUCCUGAAUCACAGUAACAAGAUAUCUCUAAGCUUGCCAGACCUACAGCAGCACAGUCCUUCUCAAAAGCCUGAAGCCAAUGGUAGCCUGAGCCCAGGGAGUGACACAAGCACAGACAGCAAGCUGGCUUCCUCAGAAUCCCAUUCCUCUCUGCACUGGCUAGCGGACCUGGCCGAACAGAAGUCUAGGGAAGAAAAGAAAGAGAAUAAAGAACGUCCAGUGGGCAAACAUAUCAAGGAAGACCAAGAUAAUGAGACCGUAAACUGCAAAUCCUCCUCACCCAUAUCGCAAAGCACCGAGCAAGGCUCCACCCUGCGGGACCUGCUGACUACUACCGCCGGCAAACUACGCCUGGGGUCAACAGAUGCAGGCAUCGCCUUUGCGCCCGUUUACACGGCAGGAAAUCCAAACGGUAAAGGCGGACGGUCUAUGCCAAACAUCUUGGAUGACAUCAUUGCCUCGGUGGUUGAAAACAAGAUUCCUGCCACAAGGCCACCUAAACCCAGCGUGAAAUCUGAGCCAAAGGAGGAAAUACCAGACAGCCGCAAGCCACCACCGGAUGAGAACACAAGAACACACAAUGAGAUUCCACAUUCUUGGAUCUGUGAUCGUCACAUUUUAUGGCUAAAAGAUCAUAAACAUAACAGCAACUGGAAGCUCUUCAGAGAGUGCUGGAAGCAAGGAAAGACUGUUCUGGUCUCUGGGAAUCAAAAAAAAAUGACUGCAUGUCUGUGGAAAUCAGAGGCAGUGAGCAGUGACUUCGGGGACCACCAAGGGGAUCUUCUGAACUGCAAGGAGGGUGUUGUGUCCAGUGGCAACGUGAAGGAGUUCUGGGAUGGAUUUGAAGACGUCUCCAAGCGUCAGAAACUGAAAAAUGGAGAGACCGUGCUUCUGAAGCUGAAAGAUCAGCCUUCCGGAGAGGACUUUAAAAACAUGAUGCUUGCAAGGCAUGAAGAGUUCUUUAGGAUGCUCCCAGUCCCAGAAUACUGCAACCCAGAUGGGAAAUUCAACCUGGCGUCUCACAUGCCAACUUUCUUUGUGCGUCCAGACUUGGGCCCAAGGAUGUGCAGUGCAUAUGGAGUCGUUGCCACGAAGGAUCAGGACACGGGCACAACAAAUCUUCAUAUUGAAGUGUCAGACAUGGUGAACAUUCUGGUGUAUGUUGGUGCAAUGAAAAACAAUGUGGCAGCCAGUAAAUCAGGUGUGUUGAAGAAGUUUGAAGAGGAGGACCUAGAUGAAUGCUUGAAGAAAAGACUGAAGGACACCAGUGAAGUUCCGGGUUCUCUGUGGCACAUUUAUGAGCCUAAAGAUGCUGACAAAAUCCGAGAGUUUCUCCAUAAGGCUGCAAAAGAGCAGUGUCUAGAAAUCCUUCCUGACCAUGACCCAAUACGAGACCAGAACUGGUACCUAAGCAAGAAACUCCGCCAAAGUCUCCUUGAAGAUUAUAACGUGAAAAGCCACGCGCUCGUCCAGUUCCUCGGAGACGCAAUCAUAUUGCCCGCAGGCGCCAUUUAUCAGGUGCAAAACUUUCACAGCUGCAUCCAAGUGACCCAGGACUUUGUGUCCCCAGAGCACCUUGUUCACUCAUUUCAUCUAACCCAGGAGCUGAGGCUUUCUAAAGAAGAAAUUAAUUUUGAUGAUAAACUGCAGGUUAAAAACAUCUUGUACCAUUCAGUGAAAGAAAUGGUAAGAGCUCUGAAGUUUUACGAAGAAGAACUAAAAGACAUGGAGGAAUCCUAAGUGUUUUCAAAAUGGAUUUGAAAAAGAUUCCUAGGAUGGGAGAAACUAAACUAAUAAAAUGCAAAAAAAAGAAAAGGAAAAAAAAAAGACACUGAGCAAACCCAUUGCUAAGACUUCAGUGCCAAGAAACGUGCUUUAAGUAUUUACUUGUUACUGACACCAUACCAGUAUAACAUUAUCAUAGCUCAUGUGAUCCGAAACGGCCACCCAACUCCUGAAGUGCAUUACAGGCCCAGCCAGCUUUGCAGGAGGAAGCGUCAGUGUGCUACACUGUAUCAUAGUGUAUAUUCAAAGUUUGUGAAAAAAAAUGAAAAUGUCAAAAGAUUUAAAUGUAUUUAUUUUUUUGGAAAAAAAGAAAGAAAAACAAAACAAAAAGUUAUAUGCUAUAUUGUUGAUCAAAUGUAAAUGUGACUUGUAUAGUUUGCUAAAAUAAUUUGGAUAUUUUUCACUACAUUGAGACAGUAACUGUGAGGGUAAAACACAAAUCACCAGCUAUUGCCUGCAUUUGGAAGCAUUCAUAACAUAAUCGGAAAGAUUACUGCCAAAUAACUGUAAACUUUGUAUGAUAUUAUAAGAUAUAACACGGUAUUAAAAAAAGACAGUUCAAUGUUUUAUUGAAGCCUACUCAAUGUAUAAUUAGACAUUUAAAAAAAAGAUGUAAUUUAUUUCAAACAAGUUGUCUCAUUUUAGUAAAAAUUUAUGUGACAUUUUGAAGCUAAAUAUUAAAAAACUUAAUAUGCUAUGUAAAUAUAUACAUAUAUACA